AUGGCCGACGAGGGCGCCUCCCCUCAAGAACUGAUCCUCGAAGCCUGCCGCCGCAACAACACCGAUCUGCUCUCCGAAGUCCUCACCGCCCUCUCCAAAGCCUCCAAAAACCCGACCGCCCACAUCGCCAGCACCCUCAACACUGCCCGCGACGGCAUCGGCAACGGCGUCCUCCACCUCGCCGCCUCAACCGGCUCCUACGACGUGCUGGACAUCCUGCUCGACCAAGAAGGACUGGAGAUCGACGAGCUGGACCGGCUGGAGCGCGACACGCCGCUCCACAAAGCCGUGCGCUUCGUCAACGGCCUGAGUCAAGAGGAGUGGGCCGAGGGACACGCGGUCGUGGAGAUUCUGCUAGACGCGGGGUGUGACCCCAGGAUACGGAAUAAGGCGAAGCUGAAGCCGGGGGAGCUGGUGGAUCCGAGGAACCAAGAGUUGAGGGCGAUUCUGCAGAGGGCGGAGUUUGCGUUUUUGGCGGGGGAUGAUGUUGUCAGGGAGGAUGGGGAUGAUGGACAGGGGAGUGGGAGCGAGAGUGAUUAG